GCUAAAGCCAACUGGCUUCGACUUUUCAGCAGAGUACGACUACAACUACAAGAGUUGUUUGCCAUCCUCGUAGCGAAUGCAUGUAGUCCAUUCUGAUUACCCAUGGCAGGAGCUGGCUCUCAGGCCCGAGGAGAAAGUGUUGGCAUUGCCUCUCUGCUUUUGUCAGCAGGGAUGGGUGGUGCUCUGUAUAGUAUUGACAGCAUGCCAGACCUCAGGAAGAGAAAAGCAAUGCCUCUGGUCAGCGAUCUGUCCUUGGUCCAGAACUCCAGGAAGGCGGGCAUCACCUCGGCCCUGACAUCAAGUACCCUACAUAAUGAAGAACUGAAGAGUCAUGUCUAUAAGAAGACCCUCCAGGCCCUCAUAUAUCCUAUUUCCUGCACCACCCCACACAACUUUGAGGUGUGGACAGCCACCACGCCCACGUACUGCUACGAAUGUGAGGGACUCCUCUGGGGUAUUGCUCGCCAGGGCAUGCGCUGUACUGAGUGUGGAGUGAAAUGCCACGAGAAGUGCCAGGAUCUACUCAACGCCGAUUGUCUGCAAAGAGCGGCAGAGAAAAGCUCCAAGCACGGCGCCGAGGACCGAACUCAAAAUAUCAUCAUGGUUCUUAAGGACCGCAUGAAGAUCCGUGAGAGGAACAAACCAGAGAUCUUUGAACUCAUUCAGGAAGUGUUCACCGUCCCCAAGUCCACCCAUGUCACCCAGAUGAAGCAGAUCAAACAGAGCGUGCUCGAUGGCACCUCUAAAUGGUCGGCCAAGAUCAGCAUCACAGUUUUGUGUGCCCAGGGUCUACAAGCCAAGGAUAAAACUGGUUCCAGUGAUCCGUAUGUAACCGUCCAGGUUGGAAAGACGAAAAAGAGGACCAAGACCAUUUAUGGCAACCUCAACCCUGUCUGGGAGGAGACAUUUAAUUUUGAAUGUCACAACUCUUCAGACCGCAUCAAGGUGCGUGUGUGGGAUGAAGAUGAUGACAUUAAGUCUCGUGUGAAGCAGAAGUUCAAGCGAGAGUCCGACGACUUCCUCGGUCAAACCAUCAUCGAGGUCCGCACUCUGAGCGGAGAGAUGGACGUCUGGUAUAAUCUGGACAAACGUACAGACAAAUCCGCUGUGUCUGGGGCCAUCCGCAUGCACAUAAGUGUAGAGAUCAAAGGCGAGGAAACGGUUGCUCCGUAUCACGUUCAGUACACCUGUCUGCACGAGAAUCUCUUCCAUUAUGUGACGGACAUCCAGAAUAAUGGUGUGGUGAAGAUCCCUGACGCCAAAGGGGAUGAUGCAUGGAAAGUGUACUUUGAGGAAACUCCCCAGGAAAUCGUGGAUGAGUUUGCCAUGCGUUAUGGCGUCGAGUCCAUCUACCAGGCUAUGACCCAUUUUGCCUGCUUGUCAUCUAAGUACAUGUGCCCAGGUGUGCCUGCAGUGAUGAGUACCCUGCUGGCAAACAUCAAUGCCUACUACGCCCACACCACCCAGGCAACCAACAACGUCUCUGCCUCUGACCGCUUUGCUGCUUCUAAUUUUGGGAAAGAGCGAUUUGUCAAGCUCCUCGAUCAGCUUCAUAACUCUCUGAGGAUCGACCUGUCCAUGUACCGGAACAACUUCCCGGCCAGCAGUCCUGAGAGACUGCAGGACCUCAAGUCCACAGUGGACCUGCUCACCAGUAUAACCUUCUUCAGAAUGAAGGUCCAAGAGCUCCAGUCGCCACCCAGAGCCAGUCAGGUAGUGAAGGACUGUGUCAAAGCCUGUCUCAACUCCACCUAUGAAUACAUCUUUAAUAACUGCCAUGAGCUCUACAGUCGCGAGUAUCAGGCAGACCCGGCCAAGCAGGGUGCUGUGCCCCCAGAGGAGCAAGGACCCAGCAUCAAAAACCUCGACUUCUGGUCCAAGUUUAUCACACUUAUCGUCUCAAUCAUUGAGGAAGACAAGAACUCUUACACUCCUUGUUUAAAUCAAUUCCCUCAGGAGCUCAAUGUGGGUAAAAUCAGUGCGGAAGUUAUGUGGAACUUAUUUGCUCAGGAUAUGAAGUAUGCAAUGGAAGAGCAUGAAAAAAACCGCCUGUGCAAGAGUGCAGAUUACAUGAACCUGCACUUCAAGGUCAAGUGGCUGUACAACGAGUACUGCAAGGACCUACCCUUCUUCAAGAGCAGAGUGCCUGAAUAUCCUGCGUGGUUUGAGCCAUUUGUCAUCCAGUGGCUGGAUGAAAACGAAGAAGUGUCUCGUGACUUUCUGCACGGUGCUUUGGAAAGAGACAAAAAAGAUGGGUUCCAGGUCACAUCGGAGCAUGCUCUGUUCUCCUGUUCGGUUGUGGAUGUCUUUUCCCAGCUCAAUCAGAGCUUUGAGAUCAUCAGGAAGUUAGAGUGCCCAGAUCCGCAGAUUGUAGGACACUACAUGAAGCGCUUCGCCAAGACCAUCAGCAAUGUGCUUCUGUCCUAUGCUGACAUCAUCUCCAAGCUGUUUGCCAACUAUGUCACCAUGGAGAAAGUGCCCUGCAUCCUGAUCAACAACAUCCAGCAGCUGAGGGUUCAGCUGGAGAAGAUGUUUGAAGCCAUGGGUGGAAAAGAUCUGUGUGUUGAAGCUAGCGAUAUCCUGAAAGACCUGCAAGUCAAACUCAACAAUGUCAUGGAUGAUCUCAGCAGGGUCUUUGCUGUCAGUUUCCAGCCUCAUAUUGAGGAAAAUGUUAAGCAGAUGGGAGACAUCUUGGCUCAGGUUAAGGGAACCUCAAAUGUGGGAAAUGCCAGCAGCGUGGCCCAGGAUGCUGACAACGUCCUGCAGCCAAUCAUGGAGUUCCUGGACAGCAACCUGACUUUGUUUGCUAAGAUCUGUGAAAAGACUGUGCUGAAACGUGUGUUGAAGGAGCUGUGGAAGCUGGUGAUGAACACCAUGGAGAAGACCAUCGUUCUCCCACCGCUCACAGACCAAACGAUGAUUGGGAGGCUGAAGAGUGCUUCUCACAGCGAUGGCACUCAGCUCAUCUUUAACGCUGCCAAGGAGCUCGGACAGCUGUCCAAGCUGAAGGAGCACAUGGUUCGUGAGGAGGCCAAAGCGCUAACACCCAAGCAGUGUGCUGUGAUAGAGUUGGCUCUCGACACCAUCAAGCAAUAUUUCCAUGCUGGCGGUGUGGGUCUGAAGAAGACUUUCCUGGAGAAGAGUCCUGACCUUCAGUCUCUCCACUAUGCCCUGUCCCUUUACACGCAGGCCACAGACAAACUCAUUAAGACCUUUGUCCAAUCGCAGAACGCUCAAGGCUCUGGGGUGGAUGAUGCCGUAGGAGAAGUGUCCAUCCAUGUGGAGAUUUUCACUCACCCGAACACCGGAGAGCACAAAGUCACAGUGAAAGUGGUCGCUGCAAAUGACCUGAGGUGGCAGACGCAGGGAAUAUUCCGGCCUUUUGUGGAGGUCUAUAUCAUCGGCCCUCACCUCAGCGACAAGAAGAGGAAGUACGCCACGAAGUCGAAGAACAACAGCUGGGCUCCCAAAUACAACGAGACCUUCACUUUCACCCUGAGUAACGAGGUGGGUCCUGAGUGCUACGAGCUGCAGGUGUGCGUGAAGGACUACUGCUUUGCUCGAGAGGACCGCACCGUGGGCAUGGCUGUCCUUCAGCUGAAGGACGUGGCCCCUAAGGGCAGCGCCGCCUGCUGGCUGCCGCUGGGUAAACGCAUCCACAUGGAUGAGACGGGACUGACCGUCCUGCGCAUCCUCUCCCAGCGCAACAACGACGACGUGGCCAAGGAGUUCGUCAAGCUCAAGUCCGACCAGCGCUCUGCUGAGGAGGGCCGCAGCUAAGGGGCCAAAUCGCAGUAUAAAAUGCCACGUCAGGAACUCGAAUCAGAUCAGAGUAUCUGCCCAGGAGCUCUCCUGAGCCACUGCAAGCCACUGCCCCGAUUAUCCAGUGUUGUAAAAGCACACAUAAGACAAGAGUCGCCACACAUACUGUAAAUACAUUUAUUUCAGUGGAGAUGACAGAGUGCGAAGCAAGGCAUCACUCGUUUUCUGAAAACGCACCAGUGUCUUUAUUGUUACUGACUUUAUCAAACAUGUUUUGGAUUCAGUUAUACAUAGAGUUUAAUCUUAGAGCAUAUAACUACUUUCCUCUAUUCCCAGAGGAGAGCCAUGCCAUCCCACACACACACACGCGCGCACACCUCACUUGACUGGUCAGGGUGAGAAAUAUCUUGUAGCCUUUAAUAUUUUGGCUUUCUUUCUCACUCUUUCUCUGCCUUUUUAACCUUACCCUCAACUUUACCGAUCCCCAGCUCCUCUCGUCCCUUCCCUAGUUUGCAACCGCAUAGAGAAGGGACCGCAAGUGCCAACAAGGAAUUGCUUAAAUAUGCCAAGACCAGCCCUAAGCACAACCGGACCAACUGUCCACCUGACCCGUAAACAACUACAACGGCUGCAGCCUCAAACAUUCCAGAUAUUGGGUGGGGAACACAUACAGGGAACAAAGCACUAUUUAGUUAUGAUGAGUUUAAUAUUUAUUUACUUUUUUCUUCCAGAUUAUAUCUAUAUUUUAAUAAUUAUAUAUAUAUAUCAUCACAUAUAUAUAUAAAAUAUUAAGGACAUAUGUAAAGAUAAAUACAGGAUUGUUCGAUGGAACUGUGGUCGGGUAAAGAUCGUCCUCGUCCGUCUCUCUGUCCGUCUACCCUGUAGAGCACACUGCCUGACACCCUUAAUGCCUUCUGUCUUGUUGGCCCUUGUACAUUAUGUAUGUCCUGUUUCCUAUAUGAUAGAGAGUGGAGCCUGAUGAUCAAGCGCUGUAAAUCAUCGGACUGUAUGUGUGUGAAAAUGAGUGUGUGAAUGUGCGAUGUGUUUGUAAUACGUUCUAAUGUCGACCUCGUGUGACCGCCCGUGCUGUCCGUCACCUGCAAAUGUAAUCACAGAAAGCCAUCACAAGUGAAGGACGUCACAGCGGGUGGAGCGGGAGUGCGAUAAGAUUCGGGGGGGUUUUAUUGUUUCGUUCAGUUUGUUUAGUUUUGCACAGCUUAUAUUGUGUGGUGGAUAUUUCCAUCUGAUUUACUGCAAACAUUCCUCAGCCAGGCAGCCCUGUAAGGACAGUCAACUGCCUUUAAAAAGUACGUGCUAAUUAAAGUCCUACAUGUAUAAUUAGAUGAUUAAAAACACAGUCCCUGAGAAGCUAAAAUAACCACGUGGGUUACACAACAGCACAUUCACCACGACGGGGAGGGCACAUACCGCUAAUGAUCCAGCGUGUAAUGAUCCACCUGCAGAUGCCGUAACCCUUAAUCCUGAGUGAGAAACGAGACCUCUGCUAAAGGGCUGCAGAUCUGACAUUUAAAAGAGGGCCUACUGUCCACAGUACAGAGAUGUAGUGUGAAAAUAGAAGAAGCACAGGGGCUUUGCUGCACUCAUAAAAACACAUUUAUACUCUGAUCUUGUUUUACAGGACUUACACGUUGUUUAAAACCGUGCAGCAGUUCACCUGAAGCUACGGUCACUUUCAUGUGAAACUAAAUGUUUUAAAACGACUGCUCGCUGUCUAGCAUGUCUCUCAAUGCGACAUCUAUUUUUAACAAAUACCCUUUUUUUAAAAAAAGAAAAAAAAGAAAGAAAGAAUAGAUUUGUUGUUUUAUUUCUCUUAAAGAUGUGUGUAUGCUUCUCGUGAACAAAAAACACAGAAAAGCAAAUCAUGGGGGUGUGAUAAUAACAGGACGAUCGGUUGGUUGGAUGUUUUUCUGCCUCAUUACUACGAUGCCCCCUCCCAAACCUGAAUAAUUUCAAAGUCCCCAUUAUUAGAACAAAGGCCUACAAACUGAACUCUAUGCAUCUGAUCUAUAAAGUCUCUGUAGAUGAGUGAUUUUGAAUCAGUCUUAUAAUGUUUACAUUGUGGAUUAUUAUUCUAAUUAUAUCAGCACACGCGUUUGUCUGAUAUGUUGUAAAUGCCGUCUCUGUUUCGAUGGGCCAAACAUCACAGCUGCGGUAGAGCUGACCAGAGACGGGAAAUUUGGUCGUACGACUUCUCAGCUCAGAGGAAACCGAUCGGGACGGAGAUCGAUCGCUGCGGUCGGCUAAUUGUAAAUAGCUCGGAUGUAACAAACACACGUCAUACUAUGUGAAGUGAAGUGAAGUUUCGCUGCUCUUUUGUAGACUUGAAUUUUGCUGCGAGUGACUGCACAGCCGGUGUUUAUGUGCGACUGGGUGCCCAAUCUGGAAAUGUAGCUACUAUUGAAGGGUAUAGAAAGGCCGCGUGCACUCUGGAGAUCAAUAACUGAGCGUCUGUAUUACUUUAAUGGGGCCUGAUCAGGAGCCAUUCAAAGUAAUGCAUCGUAUAUCAUUAUAUAUAACAUGCUGCCUGCUAGUGAAAACUCCUCACAGUUAAAAGUUAAGCAAUCCCUUAAUAUGAUCUUGUGUGUGUACAAGGUCUUUUAUUAAGAGGGCACAUCUACUUUUAAUAGCAAAAUCAAUAACAGGUACGCAGCUGGAAAUGCCACGAAAAAAAAACAAACUUUAUUGCUGUUGACAAUGAUACUUUAGGAGAGGGAAUUCUUCCCCUUCCUCCACCUUCAGUGGCCCGGACUGCGUGUUGGAUUAUCAGGUUGGCACGUUGAACAGGAACGCACACACAGAGUUGGAUGAAGCACAACGAAAAGCACACAGACACACGUGGACACACAUGCAUGAUCCGUCCUGAAGUGUCUCGCUGAGCAGGCCACACAGACAGACACCUGCACAGCGCUGCUGGUCCGGUACUUCCAGAUACGGUGCAUGAUAGGAACAAUAAACAAAAAGUAAAAAACGUGUAUUGUGCCAGCACGCAUAAUUAUUUGAUGUUUAACUGCCAAUUGUUGUCUUCUUUAUUUUGAUAUUUAAUUAUCGUUUUCUAUUUUUCAAAUGUUUGUGAAUAUAUAAAUAUGUAUUACUGAUGCUGUGUAGUGGUACAAAGUACUCGCAUGAGAAUUUUUUUAUACACGAGAUGUUUCUAAAAAUU